UGAUAAUAAUAAUAAUAAAGUGAUAAAUAAAGACUUCUUGUGUAAACAGAAAAUGUGCUCAUUGAGUGUUUAGGGAGAGAGAAGCUGAAGAAACAGGGGGUAUGAUAUGAUAUUCCCCUUUUCAUUUGCUUGGGUUUCUUACAAUUUGAGCAAUUACCCAUUUUAGAUCUCUAAACAUUACUACAAACCCAGAAAGAUCAGCUAGAUUUUGGGUUGAUUUUAGUGAGAGGUUGAAGCUUUUAAGGAUCCAACAAUGGAAGCUACUGGUGGGAUGGUUGCUGGAUCUUACAAAAGAAAUGAACUUGUUAGGAUUCGGCAUGAUAGUACUGACAGUGGGUCCAAAAUUUUGAAGAAUUUGGAUGGCCAAAUCUGUCAAAUCUGUGGAGAGAGUGUGGGACUUACGCCAAGUGGCGAUGUCUUUGUUGCGUGCAAUGAGUGUGCAUUUCCAGUUUGCAGGCCUUGUUAUGAGUAUGAGAGAAAGGAUGGAAACCAGUGUUGUCCUCAGUGCAAGACUAGAUAUAAGAGACAUAAAGGGAGUCCUCGUGUGGAAGGAGACGACGAAGAGGAUGAUGUUGAUGAUUUGGAGAAUGAAUUCAAUUAUACGAGGGGAACUAGCAAGGCCAAACGUCAAUGGCAGGGUGAGGAUGUUGAGCUUUCGUCAUCGUCUAGGCAUGAAUCGCAGCCAAUUCCACUGCUUACUAAUGGUCAAGUGGUUUCUGGAGAAAUCCCAAGUGCCACACCCGAUAAUCAGUCUGUGAGAAGCACAUCGGGUCCUAUAGGUCCUGAGAAGCGUGUUAACCAUGCACUUCCGUACACUGAUCCAUGCCAGCCUGUUCCGGUGAGAAUUGUGGACCCUUCAAAGGACUUGAAUUCUUAUGGGCUUGGUAGUGUGGAUUGGAAGGAACGAGUUGAAAGCUGGAAGCUCAAGCAGGAGAAAAAUAUAACGCAUAUGGCAAACCGAUAUACAGAAGGGAAAGGGGGUGGUGAUAUGGAAGGUUCCGGCUCCAAUGGGGAAGAACUCCAAAUGGCGGAUGAUGUGCGUCAACCUAUGAGUCGUGUUGUCCCUAUUCCUUCAUCACAUCUCACUCCUUAUCGAGUUGUGAUCAUCCUUCGUUUGAUCAUUUUGGCCUUCUUCUUGCAAUUUCGUAUUACUCACCCCGUGAAGGAUGCAUAUCCACUGUGGCUCACAUCAGUCAUCUGUGAGAUUUGGUUCGCUUUGUCAUGGAUUUUGGAUCAGUUUCCAAAGUGGUAUCCUAUCAAUCGUGAGACAUAUCUUGACAGACUUGCAUUAAGGCACGACCGUGAAGGAGAGCCAUCACAGUUAGCUCCUAUUGAUGUCUUUGUCAGUACGGUGGACCCACUGAAGGAACCACCUAUUAUAACAGCUAACACAGUGUUGUCCAUCCUUGCUGUGGAUUACCCAGUCGACAAAGUUUCUUGCUAUGUAUCAGAUGAUGGUUCAGCAAUGCUGACCUUUGAGGCUCUUUCUGAGACUGCUGAGUUUGCCAGAAAAUGGGUGCCAUUCUGUAAGAAGUUCAAUAUCGAGCCCAGGGCCCCAGAAUUCUACUUCCAACAUAAGAUAGACUACUUGAAAGACAAGAUUCAGCCUUCUUUUGUCAAGGAACGCAGAGCUAUGAAGAGGGAGUACGAAGAAUUUAAAGUCCGAAUCAAUGCCUAUGUUGCAAAAGCACAAAAGGUACCUGAAGAAGGAUGGACAAUGCAAGAUGGAACUGCCUGGCCUGGAAAUAACCCCAGGGACCAUCCUGGAAUGAUCCAGGUGUUUUUGGGACACAGUGGAGGACUCGAUGUGGAAGGGAAUGAAUUGCCGCGAUUAGUUUAUGUCUCUCGUGAGAAGAGACCUGGCUUUCAACAUCAUAAGAAGGCUGGUGCCAUGAAUGCCUUGAUCCGUGUUUCUGCAGUGCUGACCAAUGGAGCAUAUCUACUGAAUGUCGAUUGUGAUCACUACUUCAACAACAGCAAGUGUCUUAAAGAAGCCAUGUGUUUCUUGAUGGAUCCUGUUCUUGGGAAGAAAGUCUGUUAUGUUCAGUUCCCGCAAAGAUUCGAUGGUAUUGAUCUUCACGAUCGAUAUGCUAACCGAAAUAUUGUGUUUUUUGAUAUCAACAUGAAAGGGCAAGAUGGUAUACAAGGACCGGUGUAUGUGGGUACUGGAUGUUGUUUCAACCGACAAGCACUCUAUGGGUAUGAUCCAGUAUUGACUGAGGAAGAUUUGGAGCCGAAUAUCAUUGUUAAAAAUUGUUUUGGAUCAAGAAAGAAAGGAAAGAACGGUAAUAAGUAUAUGGAUAAAAAGAGGGGACCUAAGAGAAGUGAAUCCUCCAUACCUAUUUUUAACAUGGAAGACAUUGAAGAGGGUGUUGAAGGCUAUGAAGAUGAGAAGUCUCUUCUUAUGUCUCAAAAGAGGUUAGAGAAGCGAUUUGGUCAGUCACCAGUGUUCAUUGCAGCCACCUUUAUGGAGAUGGGUGGGAUUCCACCUACAACCAAUCCUGCAACUUUGCUGAAAGAAGCCAUCCAUGUAAUUAGUUGUGGAUAUGAGGACAAAACCGAGUGGGGUAAAGAGAUUGGGUGGAUUUAUGGUUCAGUCACAGAAGAUAUUUUGACUGGAUUUAAGAUGCAUGCCCGUGGCUGGAUUUCAAUCUACUGCAUGCCUCCAAGGCCGGCAUUCAAGGGUUCUGCUCCCCUCAAUCUUUCUGAUCGUUUGAACCAAGUGCUUCGAUGGGCUUUAGGGUCUAUCGAGAUUAUGCUUAGCAGGCAUUGUCCUAUAUGGUACGGCUACAAGGGGAGGUUGAGGUUCUUGGAGAGAUUGGCAUACAUCAACACCGUUGUCUAUCCCUUGACCUCUAUUCCACUUAUUGCCUACUGUAUUCUGCCUGCUAUCUGUCUAUUGACAAAUAAAUUUAUCAUUCCUACGCUAAGCAACUUCGCUAGUAUAUUGUUUAUCCUGCUGUUUAUGUCUAUUGCUACUACUGGUAUUCUUGAGCUUAGAUGGAGUGGAGUUUCCAUUGAAGACUGGUGGAGAAACGAACAAUUUUGGGUUAUUGGUGGUACUUCGGCCCAUCUGUUUGCCGUCUUCCAGGGUUUGUUGAAGGUGUUGGCUGGUAUCGACACCAACUUUACCGUUACUUCCAAGGCAGCUGAUGAAGAUGGUGAAUUCGCGGAACUAUACAUAUUUAAAUGGACAUCACUUCUCAUUCCUCCUACCACUGUGUUGAUUGUGAACUUGGUCGGUGUUGUAGCGGGUGUUUCUUAUGCCAUUAACAGUGGUUACCAAUCAUGGGGUCCACUGUUCGGUAAACUUUUCUUCUCGUUUUGGGUGAUUGCUCACUUGUAUCCCUUCCUUAAGGGUCUCUUGGGUCGUCAAAACAGGACGCCUACAAUCGUCAUUGUUUGGUCCGUUCUUCUCGCUUCCAUCUUCUCCUUGCUCUGGGUUCGAAUCAAUCCUUUCACAUCUGAUGCUGAUAAAAUUGCUGCCGGCAAUCAAUGUGGUGUCAAUUGUUAGAUUGGUGCUAAAUUAUGAGGUUUGUGUAGGCUACACUUAUGGUUCAAAGUUUUAGCUGUUGUGUAAAUACGAAGGCAAAUGCGGGGUGUCGUACUUGUAAUGAAUCAUGAAGAAGAGCAUGACAGACUUCCCCCUGUAAGCGACCAAAAGGGGCGGCGUACGAUUCGGUUUUGGUCUGGCCUUCAUAUGUAAUAUUUUUGUGUAGAUGGACACUUUGGUGCAGGUGUGAAAACACAUGUCUCAUUUUGUUGUUUAUCUAUUUGUAAAGAAAAAUACUCUUAAAUGUACCAUUAUUCUUUUUGAACCAUUAUUAUCUAAUGUAAUACAUACAACUUUGCACGUGUUGUGCAUCAACACAAUUUAAUGUUGAAGAUUUGAAGUCCCACACCUUCGUUUCAGAAGGUUGUUA